AUGUGCGCCGGCCUUGAGGACUCCUCAGACCGGGCCACCUCUAUCAGCGAGCGUCGCUUCGACCACUUUCGAUACUUCCAAAGUUGGGAAGACUGGUUCAGAGGACCGCGAACGUCUUAUCAGACCUUGGAUCUCCAGCUUCGCAGCGUCACGGAGUGCAUUUCUUCGGUGAGCAGGGGCGGAACCUUCAUCACUACAGAACAAGGUCGCAUGAGCUGGGCUCCUGAGAAUAGUGUGCUGGGAGAUGUUGUUGCUGUUCUGACUGGGGGCCGGGUGCAGAUUGUGCUUAGACCACACGGUGGGCAUUACUAUGUCGUGGGUGGCGCUUACUUGCAUGGCAUCAUGGACGGCGAAGCAAUAGAAGAGACACGCGACCUCGAGUAUCUGGAACUGCACUAA